GGGGUCGACCGAGGCUCGCAAAAUUUUUUUUUCCCAUGUGCAGGCUAGGUAAAGAAAUGGCGACGGAGGAAGGGAUCGAUGACCAGCAGAGCGGAGGGAAUCAGGGCACGAAUGGGAAUGGGGAACGAAACGAGGGAUCAACCAGGGAUCGAGUCAGCCAAACUGGAGGGGACCCGAAAAGACGGAAAGGACUCCUCAAUUGGAGAAAGCUCGGGGAAAGCUGGGGGUAGCAAAAGGGGACCUCAAACCAGUCAUAAACUGGCAGAGAUAGAGAAGCGGACCGCGGAAUUUAAGGCAAGACUUAUCGAGCAGAUGAUGGCCGGGGAUGAGGAGGACCUCCAGGACGCAGGGUCACGAGAGGGACGUAGGGCCGGUAAGGACGAGGCGAGGUAUGAGGGGAAGGAUGAUAGUCACAAAGGAACGCCUAGCAAGAAGGGGAAGGACAAGAGCGACCCCCCGACAGAAGGAACGGAAAACGCUAUGACCCCACCCGCCAUUGACAGUGGCACUAGCAGACUACCCGCCACGCCGAAAGUAACAAGGGCGUGUGACGGACUCUGGAGCCUUAGGGAGAGAGUGCUAGGAUGGUUCGACCCAGAAGGAACACCGGAAACCAGGGAGAAGCAGAGGGAAAGCAAGGAAGGGGAAGGAGCCAGUGCAGUCGGGGAAGCGGGUGGCUCCGAAGACGGUCUCAAGAAAGUAGUCGCCACCCUCAACAGGACACUGAACAAGAACCAGAGGUAUCUCGCAGAUCCAAAAAAGAAACUCACGUUCGAUGGGGCCAACAUUACGGAGUUUCUAAUAGACUAUGAGAACCUAGCAGCCCUACUGAAAUGGAUGGAAGAGGAAAAGAUGGAGCACCUAGGACAGCACGUAUCGCUAAGUUUGGGAAGGGACAUUAUCGCCAUCGUUGCCUCCAGUGGAUCCUGGAAAGAGACCAGGAAUGAGAUGAUGAGGAAAUACCUGAAGGCAGAAUAAAUGGCAGUGGAGGCAGAAUUAGCCGCAGUCCAUAGGAAAAACUAUGCGACCUACAACGAUUUCCUGAGGGCGUUUACGUUAGUGGCUGUGCGAAUUCCCGGGGUAAGGGACCGUAUAAUGAAUAAAUACUUCCUCA